CUCAAAUCACAUGUAAGCUGUCACUGCUGUCACCUCAGUGCGAGUGCAUGGGGACGGCGAGGAGCAUCGCGCUGCUGCUGUGGGCUCAGCUUCUCAGCCUCGUUGGCUCCCAACCCCCCCUGCUGACGAUGGACCCCCCCUGGACACCGCAGUUCGUGGGGCAGAAUGUGAAGCUGACCUGCGGGGAGCCCAGCGUGAGCAGCUCCAGCACCUGGUACACGAAUGGGCAGUGGUGGAAGAAAACGCCAUCAAACCACCUCCACGUGGAGCUGAGUGGCAAAGGGAAAUACAGCUUCCAGUGCCAGACCCAAGGCUCUGAGCUCAGCCCUGCUGUUCACCUGACAGCCUCUUAUGACUGGCUGGCGCUGCAGGUGCCAACACGGGCAGUGCUGGAGGGGGACUCGCUGUCCCUGCGCUGCAGCGCCUGGAAAGACAAAAAGCUCAGCCAGGUGAAGUUCUUCCAUGACGGGAAGCUGCUGCAGGACAGUCGUGGGGACGAACUGCUGCUGUCCCCAGCAGAGCAGCAGCACAGCGGCAGCUAUCACUGCUCAGCCUACGUGCAUUUCUUCAGCACAGGAUUGAAAGCCUCUGCCCAAAUUGACCUCGUGGUGCAAGAGCUCUUCUCAGUGCCGGAGCUGAGCCUGCAGGGUCCCCAGGAGCCCCCCGAGGGCAGCGCCCUGACUCUGCUCUGCUCCACCCGUGGCAACGCGCUGCGGCCCCACGUCUCCCUGCAGCACCUCUUCUACCAGGAUGGGCGGCUGGUGGGGGGGCCGCAAUCGGCCCCCCAGCACCGGGUGCCGGCGCUGCUGCCGUCCCACUCGGGGUCCUACAGCUGCCAGGUGCAGACAGAGACGGGCAGCGUGCGGAAACGCAGCGCCCCCAUCACCGUCACUGUGAGAAGGAUUCCCGUGGCCGGGGUUUCCCUGCACUCCGAUCCCCCCGAUGCUCAGGUUCUGUUGGGUGACCGCGUGCUGCUGAGCUGUGCGGUGGCGGAGGGCUCCGGGCCGCUCUCCUUCUCCUGGCACCGGCAGAACCGCACGGGAGCGCUGGGCUCGGGGCCGCUCUACGAGCUGCAGGCGGCGCAGCUGGGGGACGACGACCGCUAUCACUGCACGGCCAGCAACGGCAUCAGCACGGCCAGCAGCCCGCAGCUGCGCCUCGCCGUCACACUGCCGGUGUCCAACGCCAGCAUCGCGGUGCUGGGGACGGAGGUGGGAGCAGAGCUGGAGCGGACGGCGGGCGAGGAGCUGAACCUGAGCUGCAGGGUGGGGGAGGGGACGGGGCCGGUGGGCUUCGUGUGGCUGCGGGACGGGCAGGAGCUGAGCAGGGGCCCCACGUGGCACCUGGGGGUGCUGGGGCCGCAACACGCGGGCACCUAUCAGUGCGUGGCCGCCAACAGCCUGGGGACCCGGCGCGUCUUCGAGGCCCGCAGCCCCGAGGUUCUCCUGGUGGUGACGCGGCAGGGAUGGGGACGGCGGCGGGCGCAAGUCCUGGCUGCAGGGCUCCCCGCGUCCCUCCUGGUGCUGCUGGCCGUCGCUGCUGCGCUCGCUCGGCACUUCUGGCGGCGGCGGCGCGGCGGUGAGAGCCACAAACGGGGGGCGGCGGGGUCCGACGCACGGGGGACAACGUGGGGACAACGUGGGGACAACGGGGCUCCCCCGGGGACGCUCACCGCCUCCUCUCCCCUUCCUGCAGCAGCCUCCAAGAGGCAGCACAGGGACCCCGCAGCCCCUCCUGGCCCUUCUUCCCCCCCCAUCCUCAGCACGGAGCCCUCGGAGCCCGACUACAUCAACGUGCCGCCGCGGACGCCGAGCGCCGAGGACGUGCUGUACUGCACCGUCACCAUCACAGAGCACCGGGGGGGCGCGUCCCCGCGGGGUCCCUCAGCCCCCCAGGAGGCCGCUGUCACCUACGCAGACCUCCGGGGGAUGCAGCAUCCGAGCGACAGCUACGAGAACCUCCCUCACCAAUAAACGCCGGUCGUUCGUUGCCCCAAAA